UGGGUACAUGCCCGGAUGUUACACAUCAGGGGGCCUGAAGGUCACCAGGAACGUGGCUGGAAUCUGCCUGGGGCUCUGUCCUCCCCCAGCCCAGGCAGGGCUACCAAAUUUGGGCCUGUCCUCUCCUCCUGUCCUUAUUUGGUGCUCCAGGUGAUAAGGCUGAGGCAUAAAAGGGGCUGUGGGCCCCUUGCAGCAACCAGGCGGCCACAGAGAGAGGAUGGUGAGUGUCAGGCCAGCAGGAAGGCGGGGACCCGGGGCAAGGCCGCAGCUGCCAAGCAGGCCCAGCGAGGCUCUUCCAACGUCUUUUCCAUGUUCGAGCAAGCCCAGAUCCAGGAAUUCAAGGAGGCCUUCAGCUGCAUUGACCAGAACCGUGAUGGCAUUAUCUGCAAGUCAGACCUUCGGGAGACCUACUCCCAGCUCGGGAAGGUGAGCGUCCCGGAAGAGGAACUGGAUGCCAUGCUGCAGGAAGGGAAGGGUCCCAUCAACUUCACGGUCUUCCUCACGCUCUUCGGGGAGAAGCUCAACGGGACAGACCCCGAGGAAGCCAUCCUGAACGCCUUCCGCAUGUUUGACCCCAGUGGCAAGGGCGUGGUGAACAAGGAUGAGUUCAAACAGCUUCUCCUGACCCAGGCAGACAAGUUCUCUCCAGCUGAGGUGGAGCAGAUGUUCGCCCUGACGCCCAUGGACCUGGCAGGGGACGUCGACUACAAGUCUCUGUGCUACAUCAUCACCCAUGGGGAUGAGAAAGAGGAGUGAGCGGAGCAGCCCCCAGGGUCACCACAAUAAAUGCUGUUUUCAAUCAGA